GAAUUAGGGAAUAUUCCUCGGGAGAAAAUACACACAGAGAGAUAUUUCCAAGACUUCUAACUUCAUUAUUAUCUAUCCCGCAGAUAAACAAGCCCCAGGAUGAGGAGCCUUCUUCAGUUUCUGGCACUCUGCGCUGCAGUCUCUUUCUGCGUCUGCUAUGAGUCUCAUGAAAGCACAGAAUCCGUUGAAGAUCUGUUUGUGCCUCCAAACCAAGCCAACUCAUUCAUCACACCGCAGAGGGGUAACGUAUACAACCCACCCAGAGGGAGCGGCCACAACUCUUACAACUUCAUGAGGCCGACCAAGUCUCCAGCCGAGAGGCGUGCAGAGACCUGCGAGGACUACUCUCCCUGCCGCUUCUACGCCUUCCGCCACGGCUUUCAGCAGGCCUACCAGAGAUACUUUGGCUCCCGGAAUACACCCCAGAGACCAGCCGGGGCUCGUCGAUACUAAACACAAAGUAUCUGUCUGUCAAAUGCAGAAUUAUCAUUAUCGUCUGGGAAUGAAUGAGCAUUCAUUCUUUCUACAUAUCAUGACUUUUAUAUAAUUUAUGUAGUUGUUUUUGUGGCCUCUUCUGGAUGAGAAAUCUGACAAAAAAACCCACAUUUUUAUAAACACAGAGGCAUCCAGUGUGACUCACAACCCAUCAUUACUCACAUGUAGAAAUUCAUAGCCCAUCUUUUGUGUAAUCUCAGGAUAACUUUUAUCCACUAUUACCAACUUCGCAGCAUUUAUAAGCUUUACAUGAUACGCGCGAAUGAAGAGUUUUGCUCACUAUCCACUAACAUAAUCCACCUAUUUAUCCAGGCCGGCAGUGCUGUCAGUGAUUAUUUCCAUUGCUUUUGAAAAAAUAAAAAUAAAAUUCCA